AUGACUGGCAUUCCUUGUAGUCACGCAGUGGCUGCGAUUUGGAAAAGAAGGCAAGAUCCAGAUCUCUAUGUCAGCAAAUGGUAUACCAAAGAGUACUACAUGAAGGCUUACUCAGUGCAGGUUUUUCCAAUUAGGAAUCAAGAUGAGUGGCCUAUAAGUGGAAAGCUUGGAAUGGUUGGCCAAAUUAACAAAAAACAACCUGGUAGGCCAAAGAAGAGCAGGACUUUGCAACUUGAUGAAGUAGCUACCAGAAAGAAGUUGAAAAGAAGAUACAUUAGCAUUAGAUGUUCUGGUUGUGGUGCAAAGGGACACAACUUCAGAACAUGGUCAAGAAACAAAAAAAAAUUGCAGAAAAGGACAAGGUAUAAGGAACUGGCGCAAAGAAGGAGUACCAGACCUGCAGAAGGAGGAGCCUAA